AUGACGAACGAGACGUUCUACCUCCGUUACUACUCAGGUCACUCUGGGCGGUUCGGGCAUGAGUUUCUAGAAUUCGAUUUCCGAACCAUUGCCGAUGGUAACAGCGCGGCUGUGCGAUAUGCGAACAAUUCGAAUUACCGCAAUGACUCCCUGAUUCGGAAAGAGAUGUGUGUCAGCUCGGCGAUGAUCCAGGAGAUCAAGCGCAUCAUCAAAGAUAGCGAGAUCAUGAAGGAGGACGACUCGAAGUGGCCGCAGAAGAAUAAGGAUGGACGCCAGGAGCUGGAGAUCCGACUGGGCAAUGAACACAUUUCAUUUGAGGUAGGCAUUGGGCACAUCGCUCUCAUUGAAAUAGGACCAUCAUCUGACCACCCGUCUUUCUCUUUCUUGUCACAGACCGCGAAAAUCGGCUCGCUCCAGGAUGUGAAGGAGUCGUCGGACCCCGAAGGCCUUCGGGUCUUCUAUUAUCUUGUUCAGGACUUGAAGGCGCUCAUCUUCUCGCUGAUCUCCCUGCACUUUAAGGUAUUGUCCUCUCCCGCAGCGUCUGCUCCUUUGUUUGCCGGGAUUGCCAUGGAUUGA